AUGGCAAUGAUGAAAGUUUCAUUUGUGCUUAGUUUGAUUUUAUUAUCUUUCGUCACCGGUGGAAAGUGUAGUGAAGUUGAUUGUGCGAAAGUUCCAAUCGAGAAUUUAGAACCGUGCAAGGCGUUUGUGUUGGGCGAAUCGAACGGACCAAGCGUUGAAUGCUGCAAAGGCGUGAAAUCUUGGACAACUGUUUCUGAAGAGAUUGUGUGCGAAUGCUACAGAAAGGCACCACAAAGAUUAUCUUACAAACCCGAUCAAAUAAGAGCAACGACCCUUCCUUUUGUAUGCCGAGUCCCCGAGUUUUACAACUACAUAGCUUGUCUUGUGUAA